CUUUACUCAGGCUGUAGCCAACUACACGUGCUCACAAAGCGCCUUGUCCGAACACUAACACCAACCCGCAUCCUGGGAUUGCACCAAAGCGCAACAAAACAAAGUCCAUAUAGAUACUUGUCGGCCGGCUCUGUAAACGGUCACAGGUCAACAAAGUUACAUGCGCAUCCGACCGAGCCAUCGCAACACCCCACAAUGCUGUCGCGCUAUCGCAGCCCUUCCGGAGUCGACUAUCCACGCGGGCUCCCUGCAGCUCGCUUAAACAACCCCACCAGCUUCAAUGAAGCCAUCCGGGACUUUCCGGAGAAGGACCUCAUCCGGACCGAAUUGAGGAUGUGGGAUGGCGCUCUGGCGGGAGUGGUGCACCAGGCGGGUCAGUUCCCGGCGCUGCAGGAGGGCCCGGAGGCCGGUGAGGUGCCGCAACCCCCCGGGGAGCUGGCGCAGGCCCUCUCAGAGGACCUGGAGCUCCUAGCGGCGCUGGCGAGUACGACACAGCAGGUGUCGUACGACGCAUUCGGAAGCGAAUCCGAAUUCGCCGUACUGCCCAUCGUACUGGAGCCGCGACUGCAGGCGGCGGCGGCGGCAGCUGGUACGGCAGCGGGAGAGCUUGGCGAGGAGAGCAGCGGCGGCGGAGGCGGCGGUUGGUGGUCGUUGGCGGAGGCGACGGCGGCGCCGCUGACGUGGGCCGAGGUGGUUGGGAGCCUGGGGGUAGCUCCGCAGCUGGCGGCGAGGUUCCAACCGCCCCUGGAGCUGGGCAGCAGGGAGGACUUCCUGAGCCACAUGCACGAGCGGCACAUCCGCCGACUAGCCGGCAGCGACUCCGACCCCACCUCCCCCGCGGGCGCCCUGUCAGCUGCCGUACGGCUGCUCAGCGGUGCCGUACACUACCCCGUAC